GACAACAGUGAGGCUGAUACGGACAGUGGGUCCGUACUGCGAAACGAUCUAUUGCCUAAAGAGACCUUUCUCUCCGGCGAGUCGUCCCAACAUGGACUCUGUGAUCGAUCCAUCAUUGCGAUCUGCCCAAGACCUGGCAGCCGCAGCGGUGGCCGCAGCUGCUGAUGCCUCAAUGGCGGAAGGACAAGAUGACGAGCAAAUGAUUGAUACCUCAUUUGUCCCCUCUCCUACAGACGAUCAGCCCGCGACAGAGAGCAAACCUCGGCGCGGUCGAGGUAUCGUACCUGGAUCGUCGGCAGAUUUCAGAAGGAAAGAAGCGAAUCGUUUGGCAGCUGUGAGAUCGAGAUACAGAGCUCAAGAUAAGAGACAAACGCUUCAGAAGGCUGAAGGAGAGCUCAAAGCGGAGAAUGAAAAGCUCAAAGCGGAUAUAGCAAGGCUCGAAGCGGAGGUCGGCAUAGAUUCCACCCUUGUCGAGUUAGAAGGCGCCAGCCAUUCGACCAAGGUUGGAGCAGGACAGUCGAUGGAGGAUGCAGAAUUGAAAGCUCCCAAGGUGAAAAAGGGAGGCAUAGGAGUUGGAAGAGGCGUUUCAGAAACUGCAGGAGGGCAGGCCUCGCCGACGGCUCAAGUGAUUGGAAACGGAGCAGGUGGCGAUAUGGACGUGGAUGGAGUCGAGCCUUCUAGUGGAGACGCCGCUCAAGAUUCACACUCUCGGACCAUCUUGGCCGCGUUGAUGAGUGAUGCGGUGGGUGAUACAGACGCGUUCGUCCCUGGUGAAGGAGGGGAUGAGGACGAGUGGAUGCAAGGUGUAGAAGACAUGUUCAAAGAAGCGGAAUCGAACGGGAGGUUGGGAGAAUUGGCAGCCGUAGCCGCAGUCCGAGGAGACGAUGGAGACGAGAAGGAGGGCGAAGGUCAAGGAGGCGAAUCGUCUGAAGCUCAGGCGCACGGCGGAGAUGCUCAAAGUCGACGGACCGAAUUCGACACGCUGGUCUAUCAUCCAGUGGCAGCUGCAGAAGCCACUUCCUCAGCCAUGGCUAUCGCUCUCAACGUUGAGGUCGAGCGAUUAUUACGAGAGGACCUGGUCGCAACUAAGCUUGCCAUUGGGCGGGUCGAGAAGCAAAUCGCUCAGAUUCAAGAAUCAUCGGCUACCCUGGAUAAGGAAUUCCACAGCACAGACGACGAGGUCCUCAGUAUUCCCCGAGCCAUGUUCUCCAACGACAAGGAUACACUCACGCGAUAUGCUGGCGAGCAACAAGAUCACAUGCAGAAAUUACGCGAUGGACUGCACGGUCGUCGAUCCAAUGUCAUGCAGGCUAAGCAGGCAAAAUUGAAUGUCGAAUCGGUACUCGCUGCUAAGGUCAUUGAGCUUCAGACCCUAACCAAGUCGUCUGAAGUGGAUGACAAGGAAGGGAUCAUCAAUGCUCUCAAGGCGCUCACAGGAUACAUUGGGAGUCUUGUCGGAACGAUCGAGGAUCCCGCAUUCAGUACCUCCUUUUCCUCGCCCGCUUUCGCUCUUCGAACACGUGGACGACCAGCCAAGAGUACGCCUGGUCUGUCGGCUCGGACACGAUCAGGUGCUGUCCGAAACGCUGCAUCGGCGGGAGAAGGAGCCGGAUCUGCACCUGGAACGCCCACACCCGGAGCUAUCCGCCGCGCGAAGCGGAAGUCUAAAUUGUCCGAGCAAGUCUUACCUACCCAGGACGACCAGCAACAGGAAGCCUCUCAAGUCCAUCUCGACGAGACACACCAUACGACGGCGGAUGCUGCGGAGACUGAGCGCUUGUUGGAUCACCUCCGCGACUCCAGCAGUUUUGCGGCGUUGUUACCUGACGAAGGGGAAGUCACUAGUCACAUCGAUCCCGAGCUGCAGAAGCUGGCGGUAGAAGCGACGUCACAGCAGCAGCAGCACAGGGGUGGUGUUGACUCGGCUGGAGCCAACUCUGGCGCUGGACCCGGAGAAAUCGACGCCAGCGUCUUGUCAAGACUGAAAAAGGGGCCCCCGGGGAGCUGCGAUAUCUGUGGAAGGACAGAGACGAGCGUAUGGCGGAAGCUUAGCUUGGGCGAUCAAGAGUAUAAAGUGUGCAAUGCAUGCGGGCUAUAUCACGUCAAGUUUGGAGUCAUUCGCCCCGCAGAACUUUGGGGAGACGGCAAAUCCAUUAAGAAACGCCGUACAGCUCCUAGAGGAUCUAAUGUAUCCGCCAGCAUGGUCGAUGACGCCGACGGAAGAGAUGGUGAUAGUUUGGGUCCCUCGGCGAAACGUGCUAAAGUGGAUCCGAAUGGAAAUGGGACACUUCUAGCUGCAGAAGAACCCGUCGACGGGGAUGUAGCAGCCGCUGUGCAGGGCGUUGCAGGAGGAGUCGGUGGUGUGGGUAGUGGUAGUGGGGGUGGUGAAGAUGAUUUUGGUGAUAUAUUCAGUCAUGCCGCCGCGGCUGCGGCAGCAGCUGCUGCCGCUGCUGCUGCUGCUGUGGCUGACGGAGGCGUGGAUCAUCUGCAGCAGCAGGUAGAUGCUGCUUGAACGGGGCGAUUCUGAAAUAUAUUACAUAAUAAUAUGUGUAAACCCUGCCCCCCGAUGUUUCAUCAUUCUUUAAAUUUCCA